UUCUGAAGAGCAGGCUUCGGGCCUUUUUGGGGGGGAGGAUCUUGGUUCGGCCCAGGCUGAUGCGGAGCGCGUGGACGGCCGGUGCUCGUGUGCAGCAUGGCAGGUGAAGGACUGCAUCGGCCUGGAAGACGGCGAGCGGCGCAGCGUGGUGCGUGAUGCAUUGCCGUUCGCAGGAGGGCAGCACGCGGACAGAGGAUGGGCGGCAACCGGGGCGUGCAGGGCGUGGAGGUGGAGCCUAUGACGCACCAAUCCGCUGCCCCUGCCAGUUCACGUGUCUGUGCACAGGCAGGCGGGCGCGACUGUUGCGCUGGUGCAGCCGCCACCCAAGGACGGCCACGGGCCGUCUCAGUAUUCGAGGGCCUCUGGCGACAUCCAACCUCCUCGCAUGCCUCGCAUCGCAAGACUGCCCCCAUCGAACCAUGCUGCGGCCAUUGCAAGCGCUCGUCGCCGCGCUGCUCGCCUCGUGUUCCAGCGGGCUGGACGCCCAGGAGCAGACGCAGCUAGGCCCAGGUACGAUCGCGGCAGCGGGCAAGAGCCGCCCGCUGAGAGGACGCUUCCUGCACAUCACUGACUUCCAUCCCGACCCUCACUACAAGACGUACUCGAGCACCAAGGAGACGGCUGCCUGCCAUCGCAACCAUGGCCCCGCGGGCAUCUACGGCGCCGAAACGUCGGCAUGCGACUCGCCCGUGUCUCUCGUCAACGCGACCCUGGACUGGAUAAAACACAAUGUGGCCGACGACAUUGAUUUCGUCGUGUGGACCGGCGACUCUGCGCGGCACGACAACGACGAGAAACACCCCCGCACACAGGACGAGAUCAUCUCACAGAAUGAACUAAUGGUGGAGAAGCUGACCGACGUCUUUGGGAGUGGCCAAGAUAGGGACGACCCCACCAAGGCGUUCAAGAUACCCAUCGUGCCGACCUUUGGAAACAACGACAUCAUGCCGCACAACAUUCUGCUGGCGGGCCCGAACAAAUGGACCAUGAAGUAUCUGAACAUCUGGAGGGGGUUCAUCCCCGAGGCGCAGAGACAUCAGUUCCAGCAGGGCGGCUGGUUCUCGGUCGAGGUCAUUCCCGGGAAGCUGGCAGUCAUCAGCUUGAACACAUUGUAUUUCUUCACCUCCAACUCCGCCGUCGACGGAUGCGCCAAGAAGAAAGAGCCCGGCUACGAGCAGUUCGAGUGGCUGCGCAUCCAGCUCCAGAUUAUGCGGGACCGCGGCAUGUCCGCCAUCCUGAUCGGCCACGUCCCGCCUGCGCGCGUCGACAGCAAGGAAAGUUGGGACGAGACGUGCUGGCAGAAGUACGCACUGUGGGAACGACAGUACCGAGACGUGGUCGUGGGUUCACUCUUCGGGCACAUGAACAUCGACCAUUUCAUGCUGCAGGACUUUCACCACAUCAAGAAGGGAGCCAAGAACGGGCAAAUGGCACCUCAAAGCACGAGAGCUCAAGUUGAAGGAGGCUUGUUGACAGAUGGAGAGAUCACGGUAGCUUCCGCGUCCGACUACUUGGUUCAGUUGAGACGUUGGUGGUCGAAGCUCCCGGCGCCUCCGCCCAAAAACAACACAAUCCGAUCGAUUGCAGAAUACGCUGAUGAAGAUGGUGAGGAAGAGGAUCCUUCCAUCUGGCAGAAGAUUGUCUCUCCCUUCUCAAGAUCCAAGAAGAAACCCAAGGACGGCAAGAAGAGAUCGUUCCUUGAAAAACUUGGCGGGCAGUACGCGGAACGAUAUAGUGUUUCCCUCGUGGCACCUUCCGUUGUACCGAACUACUUCCCAACCAUUCGCGUCUUCGAAUACAACAUCACCGGCCUGGAGCACUUGACCGUGUCACCCGUAUCGGAGCAGGAAACCUUCAGCAACUCUCUGAUCCAGAAGCUCGCUGUGGACCACGAUUUUGCCGACGACGACACGUACGCGCGAGACACCGAGAGCGUCCUACGAAGAAAGCACAAGAACAGCGAGAAAGAAUCCCUGAAGAAACGCAGGAAGUACAAAUUCAAGGUCCCUAAUGGCCCAUCGAAGAGCUCUCCCCCCGGCCCGGCGUACAGCCCUCAGACACUCACUUUCACAAGUUACACGCAGUAUUUUGCCAACCUAACGCACAUCAACAAUGAUUUCGUUGCGCAGACGGAGACACAGGCGCAAAGUCCUAACGAGGAAUCCCCGCGAACGAUCUUCGGGUUGGAAGUCGACGUAGACGGCAAGAUCGAACAGCGACGCUGGAAAGAGGGGAAGCAUGGAAAGCACCAGGGCAAGAAACCACAUGUCAAGCCGCACCCCAGGAAGUUCAAAUUCGAGGUGGAGUAUGAUACGAAAACCGAUGAGCGGUAUAAAUUGAAGGAUCUUACGGUGCGGAGCUUUGUGGACUUGGCGAGGAGGAUUGGGAAGGAGAAGGCGGGGAAGAGGGGUGCGUAUGACAGGGUAGAUGGCGGGCUGGAUGCAGAUGAGGUGGAGGCGGACGGGGGAAAGGGAAAGAAGGAGAGGAAUAAGACGUGGCUGACGUUUGUGGAGCGAGCAUUUGUGGGGACGCUGGAUCCAGGGCAGAUGGCGGUUUUUUCUGCGGAUGGAGCCUCAGCUGCGGUCGGGCAGGGUGUAGGCGAUGACGUGGAGAACAUGGAGUUGUGAGAGGAGAGCGCAUGUGGUUUGGUGCAAUGUUGCUUCGCUGAUACCCCGGGUUCUGGUUGCUUUUGCUUUUGCAUGCGUUCAGCGUUGCAAAUUAGAGAUUAGUCUGCAUAGUAUAGCAUAGGAGGCGUUUAGCAUAGAAUUGAUAUAUGAUGAUUCAGUG